ACUUGCUAAGCCCUGGUCUUCUGCCUGGCCGUGUGCCCAGAAGGGUCUCAGGCCUUUCUCCUCCUGGUGUCUGCCCCCACCCGCCAGGGUCCAGGGCUCCCCAUGCCCCAAAUCCCCCAUGCCCAGUGCCGCCCAUGCCCAGCGCCCUGAGGCUGCCCUGCCUGCAGUUUGUGAAGGUGCCAAGCAGCGUGGCCCCCUCCCAGCUCUUCAACCUCCUGCUGGCGGAGUGGCACCUGCCUGCCCCCAACCUCGUGGUGUCCCUGGUGGGCGAGGAGCGGCCCUUUGCCAUGAAGUCCUGGCUGCGGGACAUCCUGUGCAAGGGGCUGGUGAAGGCAGCUCAGAGCACGGGCGCCUGGAUCCUGACCAGUGCACUCCGCGUGGGCCUUGCCCGGCACAUUGGGCAGGCUGUGCGUGACCACUCACUGGCCAGCACAUCCUCCAAGGCCCGGGUGGCGGCCAUCGGCAUCACUUCCCUGGGCCGAGUCCUGCACCGCCAGCUUCUGGACGAUGCUCAGGAGGACAGCCCCGCCAUCCACUACCCGACCCAUGGGCGCGGCAGCCAGGGCCCCACCUGCUCCCUGGACAGCAACCAUGCCUACUUCAUCCUGGUGCAGCCGGGCCCCCCAGGGCAGGGGGACGGCCUGACAGAGCUGCAGCUCAGGCUGGAGAAGCACGUCUCGGAGCAGAGGACCGGCUACGGGGGUACAGUCAGGAGGCACCUUGGGAGGUUGAGGGGGCCCUACCAGGCGAUCUGCUAA